CUCACGCGACAGCUACAGAUACGUCUGGCACAAAAACUAAACAAAACUCUGGAUCCCAGUGAUUGAUGGCAUGACAGUUAUCUAUCAUUAGAGGAUCCAUCCUGUAUAAUCUGACAUGGAUAACAUGUUGGUCUGUUCCCUCAGAAACUAAACAGGAAAAUCAGAGCAGUCUAAAACUGGCUCAAGUCCACUAACAAGAACAGCGUAGUCAGAAAUCAUUCAGAAUAAACUCUGUUAUUUUUUUUUAAAUAAUAACUGAAAAUCUGUAGAGUUUUUGAUAAAUAAUGUAUCUCCUGCUAGUGUACUCAGACUUGGAAGCGCCACUGUACGAAUACACAUCCAGCUGAAAUAAUGGUCCCAUUGGAUAUAAUUAUUAUGUUGCCUGCCGGUGGCGGUUCCUAUAGAAACCCCUGCCUGGGGCAUCAGAUCUCAGAAGGCAGGCCUGUUUUUUUUUUUUAAAACUCUGGCUGUAAGAUGCCCGUCCCCUAAGUGCCCUCUGUGGCACUGUAUACAGAACUGUGUGCGCUGAACAAGGCCAGGAACUGUGCAAAUACAAACAAAUCUGUGCUGGAGCUCAUCAGAAUUAGGCAUGCUUCUGAGUCCGUCCCCUCGAGGGUCCUUCAGCAUUCCUGUUCACAUCAACCUCCGGAGACGGCGCACAAGAGAGAUCCUCCUGUAUCCAUCUACCGUGCCCGAGUCACAGUGGAGAAGACGACGUGGUGGUGGUGGUGAUGAUGGUGGUGGUGAGAAGGCCAAACCCCAGGUUCCUGUUUCCAGCGUAGGAGAGGACAGAGCAUUGCUCCUGGGCUUCGUCAUGAUGGGCUUCUCCAUCCUCAUGUACUUUGCGGUAGGGAUCGUUGUGGUAAAGCCAUGUAUUCACAGUGAAUGGGGAGAUGCCACCAACUGCUCACUGAUCCAGGCUGAGUUUCUAAACGAGUCUGAUGAACGAGUCAGCAGUUAUCCGUGUCUUCAUGUCUUGGUGAAUGCCACAGCUGUAUCAUCUGAAAAAACACUGCAUCUACACUACGAUGAAGCAGCCGUGAACCUGAGUCCAGAGUGUUUCUACACCCCAAAAAACCACCAAAACAAAUCCGACGUGGUGGAAGAGGCUCAGAGAAUCAAAGACGUCCUUUUUAAACUGCAAGGCCAGGAUGUGAGAUGCUACCUGAGCACUCGUUACCGAGAGCAUGCCAUCCUGACAAAGAGGCACGACCUGCGUGUUGCGUUGCAGUGCAUGGUGUGGCCAAGCCUCUUGCUUUUUGGAGGAGUGUUGCUGGUCGGUCUGGUUAUGCUGACACAGUACCUUGCUCAACUGUGUAAUGAAAUCAUCCAAGAAAAAGAAUUAAUGGAGGACGAGCAGAGCACAACUGGGCAGAACAAACUCUAUCGAUUUCUGCCAUGCAGGCCCUGGAGUCCCAGCCUAUAAGAAGAUGAUUAUGGCAGCCAUGUGUACAAUACUGUAGUGAUCAUGGACCUAGCAUUCGAAUCUCAGGAUUUCCCCCUCUUAACUUUAAAUUGCUUACUACAUAAUUUGGAUUGGUGAAAGCAUCUAUAUUUGUGUUAUAAUUGUUGGCAUAUGAUAUGAUCCUAACAUGCAGGAUGUUCUGCAAGACCCUCACAGCCUCCAAGGUCUUACGGUUUGAUGCUUCUCAGACUGUGUGGAGUUCCACAUGUCUAUUGAAUUGUCUAGUUGCCUGCCAUCUCCAAACCAUGCAAGUAGGUUGGUUGACAGCUGUAAAUCGCCCCUGGAUGUAAACGUCUCAUCCAGAGUGUAUU